UAUGUGUAUGUUCUGUUUGCACCACUCACCACUCACCGCAUGCCAACAACAGCCCGACUCCGCCCGCCUCACUUUUUCCCUCCUGCACCACUGCAAGAGAAGCCGUCAAGACUGCGUCAACUGCGUCGACUGCAUCACUCGACAGGGCAUCUCGUCAUCGUUCUAGCCCUUCGAUUGCCUUCGAUUCUACUGCCAGCAUGUCCCUCGAUCAAGAUGGCCGAGAUGAGCGCUCGUCUCGACGUGAUGAUUCAGAUUCAGCUGGGAGGAGUCUUUUUGACUGACUGACAACCGAAACUCCUAAAAAACGGGUCUGGCUAGCAUCAAUCACUCCACCCGACCUGCAGAUUGAUUUGCCGCCCUGUCGACGUUGGGCAGGAAAAAAAAAAAACAAAAAACAAAAAAAAAAACCAAAAAAACAAGAAGAGCCCAUUCCAACCAUUCGGAUGGAAACAAGAUGCAGUGUAGUGGUUCCCAAGCUCCCGUUUUUGUGGAACAGAAC